AUGACUCUUGGACGCAAAUAUCAGAAUUGUUCCGGGAAUGCUGGGGAUGCUCGUAAGGUCUAUGCUAGCCAGUCGAAGUCAGGUACUCUUUCGGGCUGUUCUUCUUCACUAUCUCUGUGCGAUAUGAUUGAACCACCGGAUUAUGAGGAGGUGUGCGAGCGGCUUAUGGGUGAACGCGACCCGCUCGCAUACCCUUCCAAUGACAUAGAGCUGCUCACCGUGCCACGUCGCAUUCGUACAGUGAAACAUGUGCUGCCUGAUGAAGACCUAACGAAAGCGCCGAUGUUCGUGCGCGACUGCAUCCGAUGUUACACAUCAGACUACACGGUAGUGGAGUACAAGUACCGAAUGUACUCGGGCUCCGCUGGCAGCCGCGAGCGUGUGGCUGAGAGGCUUGAGCGGCUGAUGAACGCCCCGCCACAGUACUACGAGAUCGACGCGGAGCCCUACGCACCACUUGACGACUUAGCGCUGCAGCAGUGUGAAUCGCAACCAUCCAGCGGAAGGCAGUCUGUUGCAUCAAUAGCGUCCUCACUUUCCUGCAACGAAACCCUAACGCCGAGAGGUUCUUGGGCGAGUUUAGAUCUUCAGAGCUCGUCAUCAGAUCCUCUAAUACCAGAUCUGUUUGAAAAGAAACCACCUGAACAGAUGGAUGCAGUGAAUGAGGCUAGAAGAUUGGAAAACCGUCAAGCUGAUCUUCUUGGUUUGUAUACUCCUUACCUUGAUGAAGAGGAGGCAGUUGAGAGACGUCUUGCAGCUGAAAUGCCCUGUGAGGUGAUGGGCCAUAGAGUUUUGGUUGUUUGUCAUCAGUUAAAAUUGGAGCUCGAUGUAGAACCUCUAUUUGCUUCGAUGGCGUUAUUCGACGCAAAAGAGAAAAAGAAACUAUCGGAAAACUUUUAUUUCAAUCUAAAUUCAGAAGCAACGCGUCAGAUGCUGUCAGCCCACGUGCCCCACGCAGAUGUAUCUACUUUGAGCCGAAGCGCUGUAUUCGAUAUUGUGAACCCUUCACCUGAUAUUUUCCUGGUUGUUAGAGUCGAGAAGGUUCUGCAGGGAGAUGUUAAUGAGUGCGUUGAACCAUACAUCAAGGAUGAUAAGAACCGCGAAAAAGUACGAUUAGGCGCCCAGGCUGCUUGCAACCGAUUGGGACGAUACCGUAUGCCGCUGUGUUGGAGCGCCGUGUCGCUGCUCAACGUGCUCAGCGGCUGCAACAGCCUCGAGCGCGACGCGGACAGGGACGGGACCGCAGUCACCGCACCGGCCAAUACCAGCACCAACAUCAACAAUAACACCAACAGCCUGGAUCGUAAAGCGUCAUCCAGUAGUCUGGAACAGCUCCGACGAAGGGCGGGUGAAGUUGGCGGUUCCCUAACUCGCAAAGGCUCCAUAGAACGGCGAGCAAUGCCCGUACAGCAAACGGACGAGUUGAUUGCACAAUUGGAUACUUUCAAGCCGAUCGUCAUAACUGUCACAAGCUUUUUCAAGCAGGAAACCGAUAAACUCCGCGAUGAAGAUCUUUACAAGUUUCUAGCAGAGAUUAAAAGACCGAGUUCAGCACCAAAGAAACUGAAAUGUAUUCCCGGUACUCUCAAGAUUGAAGUGUCACCCUGUCCCGAUGAAAUCAAAAAUGGACUCACUCCAGAAUUGGCUAAAUUAAAUCCUUAUGGAGACGAUAACGUGCGGCCGUGCAAGGAGAUCCUGGCGUUCCCGCUACAGGCCGCCGCGGUGCCACACCAGCAGUACCGCAACCUGCUGUACGUGUGCGUGCGCGACCUCAACCUGGCCGCCUACACCUCGCGCACCGGCUCCGCGCGCAACAUCACAGUAAGAAUACAACUGAUGUCGGGCGAGGAUCAGGCAUCGGCGUUGCCUGCUAUCUUCGGUCGCAGCUCGUGUCCAGAGUUUAGCACUGAAGCCUACACCACCGUGCUUUACCACAAUAAGAACCCGUCGCUUUACGACGAAAUAAAGCUGAAACUACCUGCCGACCUAGGUGAUCACCAUCAUCUUCUUUUCACAUUCCUUCAUGUGUCUUGUCAGAGGAAACCCGUUCCCCCAGACCAGGAGAAAAGUGUAGAAACACCUGUUGGUUAUUCUUGGCUUCCGCUGUGCCGCAACGGGAAGCUAACUUGCGGAGAGUUCAAUCUGCCUGUGAUGCAAGAGGAGCCGCCCCCCAACUACUCCUACAUAUUUCCCGACGUUCUGUUGCCGGGCACGCGGUGGAUAGACAACCAUAAGCCUAUCUUUAAUAUAUAUCUGGAUGCGCAUACGACGGUGCAUCCAUUGGACGGUUAUAUCGAGAGGUUCGCUAUGGCCUGCGAGGCUGUGCAGGAGGGGAACAUCCCACCAAGGAUUGGACUUGCUAAUAUGGAGGCUGAAUUACGAGCGAGCAUUUCCGAGCUGCCGACCGCAAACGUGGAAGUGUUGGCGCGAUACCUGCCGGUAGUGUGCGACAAGCUGCUGCAGCUGCUGGCGGCGCCGCCCGCGCUGCCCGCGCACCCGCAGCCGCUCAACAUCGCGCAGGACGUCUUCACCUGCCUUGCGCACAUCUUCACCGAGAUCACCGUACGUUCUUCCUGUACCUAUCAGAGCUGGCGACAGCUGUAG